AUGAAGCUUCCAUCCGAAAUAUCAAAACAGGUGGUUGCUCAGUCUAGUGGGGGUUUUGCUGGAAACACGUUGGAUAAUCCAAGGAAUGAGAGUUGUAAUGCCAUUGGGUUGAGAAGUAGAGUUGUGCCAUCGGGAGAAGUAGAAAAAGAGGGUGGAGUCGAAAAGAAUGAAAGACUAGCAGAAGAAAAAGGUGAAAAUGGGAAUAAGGGAAACACUGAGGGAGAAGUCGAAAAGAUAGAAAAAUUAAUUGAUGCAGAAUCGAUGCUCAGAAAAAACCAAAGCCCAACUUCUCAAGGAACAUGGGAAAGAGCAGCUUUGGAGCAGAUGCCGAUAUAUGCCAAGUUUAUGAAAGAUCUCUUGUCCGGUAAGAGAAAGCUUAGGGAUGACGAGAAUGUUGCCUUGUCAGAGGAGUGUAGUGCAAUUUUGCAAAGGAUGCUGCCCCCGAAGUUGAAAGACCCUGGGAGUUUCACUAUUCCGUGUUCAAAUGGUAAGGUAAAAGUUAAAAGAGCUCUUUGUGAUUUAGGAGCUAGUAUUAAUUCGAUGCAUCUAUCCAUGGUAAGGAAGCUUGAUUGUGGAGAACCUAAGCUAACAAAAAUGACUCUAACAUUGGUUGAUCGCUCCAUCACGUAUCCCUACGGAGUUCUUGAAGACGUACCAUUCUUGGCUACCGGUAGAGCGUUGAUAGAUGUGGAGUUAGGUGAGCUAAUGUUGAGUUUUCAAAAUGAACAAGUGACUUUUAAUGUAUUUGAGUCUAUGAGUCAUCAGAAUGAAAACCCUCAAUGUUGUCGGGUUGGUGUAGUUGAAGAGUUAGAGGAGGAAAUUGCUCAAGAUGAGCCACCAAUUAGAUCAAUCGAGAAAGUUAAUGUUCUUGUUGAAGAAAACAAAAAGAAGGGAGGAAGCAUGAAACAGGUAAAAGCUCCUACGGAAACUCCAAAAACACCUCUAAAAAAGAAAAGAAAAAAAAUGGAGGAACAAAUGGGAGAGGUUUAG